AUGGGCAAGAACGAGGUGGGUAGUAAAUCUAUCAUGGAAAAGAUCCUGUCGAGCAUCUCGUGUCAGCAUUCACAUCAGGUGGAAAUACAUACCCACAGACUUGAACAUCUGAAAACAGAUAGCGAGCAUCUCGUGCAAUUUGAUGGACCGGAGGAUCCGUAUAACCCGCUUAAUUGGACCUUGACCAAAAAGGCCGUGACAACAAUUCUGUAUGGCUUGAUUAUGAUGGGUUCGGCAUGGGCGAGUUCUGCAUACUCGCCUGCGAUUUCCGAUAUAGAUAAGGAAUACACAAUACCGAAUGAAGUGGGACAACUAGGCACAUCUCUUUUCCUGUUAGGUGUGGGGUUAGGCCCACUGCUAUGGGCCCCUUGCUCCGAGGUAUAUGGGCGGAGAAUCGCCGUCCUGGGCCCUUAUGCUAUAGCUACAAUCUUGAGCUUUGCUACUGCAGUCUCCAAAGACAUACAAUCUAUUAUGAUAACACGGUUUUUUACUGGCUUCUUCGGAUCUGCUCCAAUUACAAACGUUGGUGGCGUUUUGGCUGAUAUAUGGAGUCCAGAGCAUCGAGCUCUCGCAGUGACUGUGUAUGCCCUUACGCUUGUUUCUGGGACAGUCAUUGCGCCUGUGGUGGGUGGUGGACUUGUAGUGCAAGAUAUUAGUUGGAGAUGGACUGAAUAUAUAACUGGUAUGAUCAUGGGUCUAGUUUGGCUUUUGGGGUUUAUCUUCUUAGAUGAAAGUUAUCCGCCUGUGCUGCUUGUCUAUAAGAGUCGUCGCCUCCGUCUCCGAUCAGGAAAUUGGGCUCUCCACGCACGACAUGAGGAAUGGGAUAUCAGUCUAAGAGAAGUAUCUAGUAAAUACCUGAUUCGCCCAUUCCAGCUCCUUCUUACCCCGAUUUGUUUCUUGAUCGCUCUAUAUGCCUCUUUCGUUUAUGGAAUUCUCUAUCUCAGCCUGGCUUCAUUUCCAAUUGAGUUCCAAGAACUACGAGGGUGGAAUGCGCUCAUCGGAUCGCUACCUUUCCUUGCACUACUACUGGGAUUUCUCCUCGGCGCCCUUGUGAAUAUUAUCAAUCAACGAUUCUAUGCCCAGAAGUUUCGGGCAAACAAUAACCGGCCUGUCCCUGAAGCGCGUCUUCCACCAAUGAUGGUUGGCUCGGUUUUCUUCGCUGCAGGCUUGUUCAUCCUUGGCUGGACCAGUGGCUCGAACAUAUUCUGGUUUGGAUCAAUCUGUGGUGCUGUAUCUACAGGCUUGGGCUUCUUUACUAUCUUCCAAGCCGCGUUGAAUUACCUCAUCGACACGUUUCAAAAAUAUUCUGCUAGCGCUGUGGCCGUGAACACAUUCCUUCGAAGCGUGUUUGCGGGGUGUUUUCCUUUGUUUGUUAAUAAAAUGUUUCAUCGCAUGGGGGUUCCUUGGGCUUCGAGCGUUUUGGGGUUUGUUUCUAUUGGGCUGAUCCCUAUCCCGUUUUUGUUCUAUAUCUUUGGUCAGCGUCUGAGAGCGAGGAGUAAAUGGUCAAGAGAGUCUGUAUAG